AUGGUUAUUCAUCCUGUCGUUACCUGGGCCCAGCGCUCCAAUGAGACUGAAGCUGAUAAAAAUUUGUUGUUCCUAACUAUUGAGGUCCAAGAUCCUCAGGACACCAAGAUAGAAUUGACCUCUGACGCUCUUAGGUUCUCGGCCCAAUCACCAAAUGGUUUGGAUACUUUUGAGUUGAACUUGGAAUUUUUUGCCCAGAUCGACCCCAAAAACUCUCAUUGGAAUGAAGCUGGCAAUCACAUAUCUUUCAUUAUUCGUAAGGCCGAAGCCCAAGCUGAGUACUGGCCAAGAUUGUUAAAAGAGAAACUAAAACUCCACUAUAUAAAAACAGAUUUCGACAAAUGGGUCGAUGAGGAUGAGCAAGAUGAUCAAAACGACGAUUCCAACUUGGAUAUGGCUAAUUUGAUGGGUGGCGGUGGUUCAGGAUCACCAGGUGACUUAGAUUUUUCGAAGCUUUUGUCUGGUGCAGGUGCUGGAGGAGGUGAAACUCCAGACAUCAGUGCGUUAGCUAGUCAAUUGGGAAAUGCAGACUCUAGCAAUCCUGUUGAUGAAAAAGAUGAAGACGAGGAAAAAGAGAGCAAAUGA